AUGGCGUUCUCACGCUUCCAAAAGGCGUCGGCUGAGCAUGGCCCCGCUAAGGCUGAGGGCCCAUCCGCGGCCGCUAUCGUUGCAGAGCAGAAGAUCACAGCUAUUGCCAUCUUCCUCGGUGCGGUCGCCAGUAUUGGUGGCUUCAUGUUUGGCUAUGUCAGCGGUCAGAUCUCUGGUUUCUUCGACAUGGAAGACUACGGUAAUCGCUUUGGAGUACACAACCCCGACACGGGCAGGUAUGACUUCAGCGCUGCUCGCCAGGGCGCCAUCGUCGGUCUCCUUCCUGCUGGCUGUCUCUUCGGUUCCCUGAUCGCUGGCAACAUUGCCGACACUCUCGGCCGCCGCAUGGCCAUUUCAGUGUCGGCCCUCUUCUGCUCUGUCGGCAACAUCAUCGAGAUCUCGUCCGAGACUUCAUGGGCUCAGUUCGCGGUCGGCCGUCUCGUCACCGGUCUCGGUAUCGGCGCCCUCUCGGUGGCUGUGCCCAUGUACCAAUCCGAGUCUAGUCCUGCUAUCCUUAGAGGCGUUCUCAUCUCUACCUAUCAGCUUUUUAUUACUUUGGGUAUCUGGACUGCGGAAAUGAUUAACUACGGCACCCACAAUAUGUCGGGCUCGUCAUCAUGGCGGAUUCCCAACGGCCUGUCGUUCCUCUGGUCUCUGAUCCUCGGUGGUGGCAUCCUCCUUCUGCCCGAAUCUCCUCGCUACGCGUAUCGCAAGGGUCGCGAAGACGAGGCUCGCCGCACCAUCGCACGUCUUGCUGGCCUUAACACCGACGCCCCGUCUGUCAAUCAGCAGAUCGACGACAUCCGUGCGAAGCUCGAUGAGGAGCGAGCGGGCGCGACCACUAGAUGGUACGAGAUCUUUACGGGUCCUCGCAUGCUGUACCGUACAUUGUUGGGUAUCACGCUUCAGGCUGGACAACAACUCACGGGUGCCAACUUCUUCUUUUACUACGGAACAACCAUCUUUAGAGCCACGGGCCUUAGCGACAGCUACGUGACUCAAAUUAUUCUAGGAUCAGUCAACGUCUUCUGCACCUUUGGCGGUCUCUAUGUGGUGAAGAAAUGCGGUCGGAGAAACGCCCUCAUGGCCGGCGCACUUUGGAUGAUGGUGUGCUUCCUGGUUUAUUCGUUCGUCGGGCAUUUCAAGCUCGACCCGGUGAACCCCGCGAACACCCCAGCGGCCGGCAACGUUCUCAUCGUUUUCUCCUGCCUUUUCAUCGUUGCUUUCGCCACGACCUGGGGUCCUCUCGUCUGGGCCGUCGUCGCCGAGCUUUACCCUGCCAAGUACCGCGCACCGGCCAUGGCGCUGGCCACUGCGAGCAACUGGCUGUGGAACUUCUUGAUGAGCUUCUUCACGCGCUUCAUCACGGACGCCAUCGACUAUCUCUACGGAUUGGUGUUUGCGGGCUGCUGCGCGGUCCUCGUGCUCGUCGUGUUCUUCUUUCUUAUUGAGAGCAAGGACAGGAGCUUGGAGGAGAUUGACACCAUGUACUUGCUACACGUCAACCCGAUCAGCAGUAGCAAAUGGGACGAAAAGCACGUGCCGGGUAGUGCCGAUACGAGUGGCCGCCAGUCACGGCAACAGUCGGCUCACGACGAGGAGCAUAUCGAGGCUCCUUGA